AUGCCAAAAGAAUCAAAUCAAUCUAAAUCAGAUUCUAGAGCGUUACCACGCCUGGAUCCAUACAAUAAAAGUCCUCAAGAGCGGGAAGAAAAUCUGGAACGAAGUUCGCGCCAUUCAAGUGGCGAAAAAGCAAGGUCGCGUCCUUCACAAUCCGCCAGUCAUUCAGAGAUUCGUAGUCGCUCACGUUCGCCAUCUGAACCGCCACAAUGGGCAAGAGAGUUGUUAAAGAAUCAGGAGAAAUACAGAAAAGAAAUAAAACGUCUACAAAGCGAAAUCGAGCGUGGUCGAACGUCUAUGUCGACACAGGAUGAGCGAGUACUCGAACCUGUCUUCAAAUAUGUGGGGAACAAAAAACAAUACGAGCUAAAUAACAGCGUCGCUGACAAUUAG